AUGACGACGAUGAUGUCGGCGGCGCAGGCGGCGACGUCGCAGCUGCCGCCGGGGUUCCGGUUCCACCCGACGGACGACGAGCUCAUCCUGCACUACCUCCGCAACCGCGCCGCGUCGGCGCCGUGCCCCGUCCCCAUCAUCGCCGACGUCGACAUCUACAAGUUCGACCCAUGGGACCUCCCGGGUAAUAAUUUAAGCUACUACCUAGAUAGCGAGCUUAUCGCCGCGAUGCCUCCGAUCAUGAACGACAGAGACCUAAUGACUUUAUUGAUGGCAUGGCAUGGCAUGGCAGCCAAGGCGCUGUACGGCGACGGCGAGUACUACUUCUUCAGCCCGCGGGACCGCAAGUACCCGAACGGCAUCCGCCCCAACCGCGCCGCGGGGUCUGGCUACUGGAAGGCCACCGGCACCGACAAGCCCAUCCACGACGCCGCCACCGGCGAGGCCGUCGGCGUCAAGAAGGCGCUCGUCUUCUACAAGGGCCGCCCGCCCAGGGGCUCCAAGACCAACUGGAUCAUGCACGAGUACCGCCUCGCCGCCACCUACCGUCCGCCGUCCAAGUUCAGGAACGUCUCCAUGAGGCUGGACGACUGGGUGCUCUGCCGGAUCUACAAGAAGUCCAGCCAGGCGUCACCGAUGGUGCCGCCGCUCGCCGACUACGAGCACCUGGACCACGACGAGACUUCUCCCGGCGGCAGCUGCUUCGACGACUUCUGCAGCAGCACCAGCUUCUACGUCGCGACGCCGGCCAUCGGAGGCAUCGGCGGCGGUGCUGCUAGCACUACAAGUACUACGCCCGUCAUGCACCCGCAGCCGGCCGCGGCGGCGCUUCCGAGGCUCCCCAAGAUACCCUCCAUCUCCGAGCUGUUGUUGGACGAGUACACGCUCGCGCAGAUCUUGGACGCCCCGGCCGAGAUAGCCGACCACCACGCCCCGCUCGCCGUGCACCCCUCCCUCAACCAGCUCCUGGCCGUCGGCGGCGACGGCUCCGACGUCACGAUCUACUCGCCGCCCCCGGCCGCCGCGGCUGGCGGGAAGCGCAAGGAGGCGAUGAUGAUGAUGAUGAGCCCGGACGAGUGCGCUGCCGGGAUGAUGAUCACCACUGCCGCUGCUGGCCUCCACCACCACCACUCUCCGGCGGCCAAGAGGCUCAACAGCAGCUCCUGCUUCGACGCGCCGCAGCCCGCCCGCGGCUUGCCGGCGACGACGUCGUCCGUGCUCGGCAGCGGCCUCAACCAUCACAUGCUUCCUCAAUUCUAG